AUGUCUGCGUCCAUCACAGUCAGAAAUCAAGAUCAAACUACAGCGCGUUUAGUCGUCGAAGAGGGCAAACUGGUUAUUCAAGCUUUAGAUAAUAAGAGCGAUGUCAAAACGAUUGAUUUGGAGUUCAUUUACGGCAUUGAUUACCAUGAGGAUAAGAUAGAUAUCCAUACAGCAAUGAUCCAAGACACUGCAACCGAGAAAAUCGAAGCAAAUGCAAAUCAAACCUUGACCAAUAUUCGUCCAAAGGAUGUAAAGUGGAUUUUACAGACACUGCAUUAUCAAACGGACGCUGCACCAACAACAAUGGAAGCAUCUUCUUCCUUAUCCGAAUUUGUAACACAACUCAAAGCGCAGGCCACUCCUCAUCACUUGACAUUUCCUGAUACAGAGGUCAUCGUCGUGUUAAAUCCAACCUCUGGUGCUCAACUGGCAGAGUCUCAAUGGACUAGCAUUGUCAAACCAAUGCUCAUCACUGCAGGAUUUGCUGAAUCAAACCUGAGCAAGAUCGCAACAGAACGAGACGGCAAAACUCGAGCUUUGGCUGAAGCACUGGGCCAGCGUAUCUUGUCUACCACAGCCUCAGGCAAACCUACACCGAUUAUCAUCAGUAUGGGUGGUGAUGGUACUUUGCAUGAAGUUGUGAACGGACUAUCAGAUGCUGCUGCUGAUGCAAGUGACUCUCAGGGGCAUUUCCGUUUAGGUGUGAUUCCUGCUGGAUCUGGAAACGCAUUUGCGCUAGGCCUCAACAUUGAAAGUGUCCAACAGGCUACACUCAAGAUCAUCAAAGGGUUGGAGGAAAAGCCCUUUUAUUUCAUGGAUGUCAAGUUUGGCCACAGUGAACACGACAAACAAUGGCAAGAUCAUGUGGUAUAUGAUGAGACUAGAAAGCCCGUUCGUCUGCUGGUUGUUCUGAGCUGGGGAUUCCAUGCGCAAAUUGUGUCCAAGUCAAGAUAUCUUCGCUACUUUAUGGGUAACAAGCGUUUCUCUUUGGUGGCCAUGUUUCUGUUGACAUUUCUACAGCAAUAUGAAGGCGAACUUGUGCUGAGGGGUUCCAGGACCUACAAUAAGGACGAUGGAGAAUUUGAUGGACCACCGCACACCAUGUUUUUGGAAAAAGACGAUAAAUUUACCUACUUUAUCGUCAGUAAACAGCACUCGCUGGAGAAGGGCUUCAAGAUUGCCCCGUUUGCAUCGAGUCUCUCGGAUGAUAUGGACGUGGUCAUUUUGCGAGAAGCGGAUAAAGACAGCUUGACAAAAGCAAGCAUCGCUGCUUUCCAAGGUGGCGAGCAUGUCAAGUUGCAAGGUGUGGAAUACUUCAAGGCAAAAGAGCUUCUUUUGCGAGUCCAAGACAAGGCCGAGCUCUGUCUGGACGGUGAAAUCCAUGAUGUGCCAUCCAAAGGCAUUGUUCACAUGAAAGUAGAAAAAUCUUCUACUGAAAAACUAGCUUUUACCAUCUUUGUCUGA